AUGGAUGACGCGUACUCCCCAGAAAACAUGGAGUACGAGUACGAGGAUGAGGAGCUUGUGAGCUGGAUUACGUGGUUCUGCGACUUGAAGGGUAACGAGUUCUUCUGCAUGGUCGACCGCGAGUUCAUCACAGAUGAUUUCAACCUAACUGGAUUGGCCCCCAUAGUGCCAUUUUACCACUACGCGUUAGAACUCAUCCUCGACGUGGAGUCGAUGGAGAGUGACGGCCUUACCGAGCAGCAGAAGCGUCUCGUCGAGAGCUCCGCGGAGAUCCUCUACGGUCUUAUUCACGCCCGCUUCAUCACCACCGGCCGCGGCCUCAAGCUGAUGGAGGAAAAAUAUAUGCAGGGCGAGUUUGGUAGCUGUCCCCGCGUCUUCUGCGAGGGUCACGCGCUGCUCCCGGUGGGUCAGAGCGACGUGGUACGUGAGAGCUCCGUGAAGCUUUUUUGCCCACGCUGCGAGGACAUCUACCACCCGCGCUCCGUUCGCCACCGUAGCCUCGACGGCGCCUUCUGGGGCACCACGUUCCCUCACCUGCUGCUCAUGCAACUGCGCGAGCGCGGCGUGUCGAUCCCGCCGCCGAACCAGCAGUACGUGCCGAAGGUGUACGGCUUCCGCGUUCGCAAGCCAGGCACGCCCCUCAUCACCAACGGAGCGGGCGAAGAGGACACCGGGGCCGCCUCCGCGGGCGCAGGGGAUGUGUCACGCAAAGCCGAGGCCGGGCCUCACCACAAAGAAGAGGGCGCCGUCGCAAUGUCGAACACUUUGGAUCAGCGGCUGUCCGCAGAAUCCUCAAGUUCUAGCUCAAAAGGAAAAGCGGAGUAG